AAUAAUUUUAUAAUUAUUAAUUAAUUAAGUUUAUAACACAUAAAAUUAAUUGACAUGCAUCCAAACAGCUAUUUUACCAGGACCUUUAAUUAUUGGUCAAGUCGUGGUAUUCCUGGCCCAAAACCGGUGGUGCUUUUGGGCACCAUUUGGCAAGUGUUUACCAAAUCAAUACCCGAGCUCAGCAUGCACAAUUAUCAAUUAUACGGCAAAGUAUAUGGAGUAUUUUUUGGCACUCGACCGAUGCUAGUGGUGGCCGACCCGGAGCUCAUCAAAGAGAUUAAUAUCAGAGACUUUCAUAACUUUGUUGAUCACAACGACAUUAAAACCGGGGAUCCAUUGCAAGACCGGUCGUUGUUUAAUCUGAUGGGAGACGAGUGGAAAGCUAUGCGAUCUGUGAUAAGUCCGACAUUUUCAUCGGGAAAGAUGCGAGCAAUGCAUCCAAUUAUCACGGAUUGUGUCCAUCGAUUGGACCAAUACUUGGAAACAAAGGCUAUAAAUGGGGAUGAAUUGGAUGUGAAGCGAGCGAUGGGUAACCUAACUAUGGAUGUGAUCGCUUCGUGUGCUUUUGGCACUCAAAUAGACACUCAUAACGACCACAAAACCCACGAGUUUGUAGAAAAUGCUCGACAAGUGAUCAGGGGUAAUUGGCGCAUAUGGUUAGUCCUCACAAUACCCGCAAUGUUCCCAAAACUUAUGGAUUAUAUCAAAAUUUCAUCAUUAAGUCCAUCGGUUGAAACAUUUUUUCGAUCGGCGGUUAGUAUUUCAACAAUUAUUGCCAGAAGGAAAUCGGAGAUAAAUUCUGGUAAACACAAGGAUUAUCUUCAGCUCAUUCUUAACGCCCAGAAUAGGAGUGCAGACAAUAGUGAGGAUCAGGACAUCGAUGACCUCAACGAACACAUCUUCGGCACAACCGAUGCUUUGAAUGACCAAAAGUCACGCAAAGUUGAUAUGACUGACGACGACGUGUUGGCCUCGAGUUUCCUGUUUCUUGUGGCCGGAUAUGAGACAACUGCCACUCUAUUAUCACAUCUGAUAUACGAGUUGUCCGUCAAUGAGAAGUGUCAGCAAAGACUAUACGAAGAGAUCAAUGCCUUCGACGGCAACUAUAGCUACGAAUCAAUCGCUCGAAUGCCGUUUGCGUUAAUGGAGGCCAAGACUGCUGUCGCGCAUCUCAUCACUAAAUACCGAUUCAAACGUACGGCUAAUACAGCGGUUCCGCUGAAGUACAAGAAGUUUGAGUUCAUGUUAACCACAGGAGACAUACAUAUCGGUAUUGAGAAGCGGUAA